UGAGGGUGUGGCUCAGUUUGCAAAGCAUAGAAAAUGGCGUCUCUUGAGAUAAAAUUCAAAAGAGCUAGCAAGAUCUAUAAAGAAGGGGACACUGUGAAAGGCUCCGUCUCCAUCACCAGUAAAGACAGCAUUACUCAUAACGGGCUAUCUCUCAUGAUGGAGGGAGCGGUCAAUCUUCAGUUAAGCGCUAAGAGUGUUGGGAUGUUUGAGGCGUUUUACAACUCAUUGAAACCAAUACAGAUCAUUCAGUACAGCGUGGAGCUAGCUAAACCAGGGAAGAUACCCAGUGGUACCACUGAUAUACCGUUUGAACUGCCUCUGAAACCAAAGUCUGGCAAGAAACUCCACGAGACUUAUCAUGGAGUGUUUGUGAACAUAACCUACACACUGAGGUGUGAUAUGAAGAGAUCUCUACUCGCUAAGGAUCUUCAGAAGACGUCUGAGUUUAUAGUUGAGUAUGGGGACUCUGCUACAAAGGCAAUGGAUAAACCUGUUGAUUUCUGCAUCACUCCGGAAUCACUAGCUAAUGUUAAAGAGCGUAAUAAUGUUCCUGAUUUCAAGGUCACUGGUAAAAUAGACACUGUCAACUGCUGUAUCACUAAACCCUUCACUGGUGAACUCUGUGUGGAGAGGUGCUCCGCCCCCAUUAGAUCCAUUGAGAUACAGCUGGUACGAGUGGAGACCUGUGGCUGUGCCGAGGGGUAUGCCAGGGACCCGACCGAGAUACAGAAUAUUCAAAUAGCUGAUGGGGACGUUUGCCGUGGGGUGAUGAUACCACUGUUCAUGAUCUUUCCUCGCCUGUUCACCUGUCCAACUAUUAGUACGUCCACUUUUAAAGUUGAAUUUGAGGCCAAUAUAGUGAUAGUGUUCCAGGAUGAUCAUCUGGUGACUGAGAACUUCCCCAUUACACUGCAUAGACUUUGAUUAUAAUGUGUGGGCGGUAGUAUGAGCUGUGUAACGUAAUGUGUGUGCUAUUAUUAUUAUUAAUGUUAUAUUAUUAUCCUGUUUUUGAUACGCAAAAGUAUUUGAAGGAUACCAUAUUUACAAGAGUCAAUGGAAACUAAAAA